CAUCAGUCGUCGUCGAAGCAAGAUUACUGGAGACUGAAGGACGAACGAGUAAAAAAUGAACGUCUUUCCCUUGGUGUUGGCAUUGGCUUUAGUUACUCCGACUGCAGUUGAAUGUAGGCGGGGUGUAUUCAGAGGUGCGUAUUAAAUACUGACUAAUUCUCUCUUUAUUGUUAUAAUCAUAACAUAAAAAAUGGCUUUACCGCUCAAAUGAAUCAACGAAUCGCCUGAUCUUCGAUGUAAGAAAUAACUUUGUUAAAAAGACCGGUCUUAAAAGCUUUGGAGGUUUUCCGUGGAAUGUUCUCUACGAGUUUUUUCGAAUCGAGCCUGUCGACCGUGUCGAGGACUACGGUCCAGUUUAUUUCCUUCGAUGCAAACAAACCCUGUCUUCGAAACAGUUUUUAAAAGCAUUCGUUUACCUCAUGCCAGAUUAUUAUCCCUGUAGCCUGCGUAGCAAGCGUUUCCGUGCGGUUUAGGAGCAAAGAACGAGGAACGAGAGUCAAAGACCGCGCGGAAAAUGGCGCAAGUAAAAGAGCAGGGAGGGGGUGGGGAAGAAAGGAAGAAAGAAAAUGUUUUUGGGGUUUGUCAGUCUGACGCAAGAAUUUACCUAACAGUGGUAUGCUUUAGCUCAUAUACACUGAGUACUUGACACUGAACUCACACUGGCUUGAUUGUGUGCUGUGUCCUAUGAAAAAUCUGAAGUCAAAAUAUACUUUUCUAAAAGGCACUUAUGGUCUCGAACUUUCGAAGAGUGCAUUGGGAUUAUAUUUCGAGGGAUGAGUAUCGAAAGGGAUAAUUUCUUCGUAGUAACAGAAAAUUUAGGGGGGAAAGUGCUUUGCACUUGAAGAAAAGAUGGUUCUUUUACCCGAAGGACUAAUCUGUACCUGUUUGCUAGCGGUACACCAGCCGGCAGUUUUGCAUUCCAAAUUGUUAUGGUGUGUGCUGUUUCAAGCUGUAAUGCGUAAACACACGAACCUAUUUCUCACUCAAAAUCCUUUUCUACACGUGAUAUUUGUUGUUGAAAUGCACAAAACUGAAAACAGAAGCCUAACAUAUAAAAGAAAUUUCUGAUUCGCUUUAAGAAACAUGUGACUUUUGGUGCUAAAAUUCACGAACAUGACAACGUACUUAACAGAAAAGUGUUGUUUCUGAUUACCAAGUAGAAAUUCUUGUCCAUUUGCCAAUUGUUGAAAUGUAGAGAGAGGCGCACUUGUGCUACUUGUGCUACUUGUGUUGUCCUAACAUUCUUACGGUCUAUCACGAAAAACGAACAAAAAUGAUAAGCGAACUAAGAAAAGUGUCGCCGAAAAAACAAUACACCGAUUGCUGUCCCGCCUUUGUACAAAGUCUGUGAUCCCGCAAUGUUUAUAACCACCCUUAAAAGAGCCUAGGCAAUGUGAAAAAAGCCGGAUCGCAGAAAAAAAGACUUUUCAAACACGCACUUUCAACAGUUGCUUUAAAAGACAAGUCGACUGACUCAACCUUGUCUCACUUUCCUUUUUGUUCGCAUCAACGUUUCUUGAUGUCGUCCUUGUAAAUUUAGUCUUGUGUUUUUCAACUUGCGGUUCUCAAUUCACUUUGCAUGCCAUUUUCCCUUAACUGUUUGGCACUGAACAAAGGUCGAAAAGCUCCAGUCGGAGAUUUGACCCCCUUUAUUUUUUUAUUACGCAGCCGCAGGCCAGGAACUUCCUAGUCAAAGAAAAACGCUGAUCGCAAGUCAAAAGUAUCAGACGUUAUCUCAGCACCUUAAGAGGAGACAGAUUCACAUGACAGAAUUCUCAAGUGUAAUUCCCUUUAAAAAAUCACCUUGCUGUUUCGCCAGCCCUCGGGGUUCAAAGUCCGUAGUAUUGCAGUUUGUAAAUGAUACCGUUCUUAAAAAUUGAAAACAAGUGAAACAAGUGAGAUAUCCCAGUCUGAGAUAUCAGACGAUAAAGCAAGUCGGUCAUUUGGUCAUUUAUACAAACUUAAUGUCAUUGGUUGUAGCCUGCGUAGCUGGUGGGAUAUGUUUUGGCGACCUAGCCAAGAGAAGAUUGGCCUGCGUAGAGUUUCAGUUUCGUUUCGGAGCAAACAAAGACUUCGGAUUUGGCCGAGCGCGAAAUGGAACAAGCGCCAUUUUUUAUCUCGCGGUCUUUGACUCUCGUUCUUCGUUCUUUGCUCCGAAACCGCGCGAAAGUGCUUGUUACGCAGACUACGAGAAGAUUGGGAUCAAGUCAAAAGAUCGGGAGAAGGUUACAGGAAUCAAGUCAUCCCUCACCGGCUUGCAAUGCAGGCUACCAAUGCAAAAAAGUCUCGUAAAAAUUCCGCCAGAUACGCUCGUUAUAAUGAUUGCAAAAGAUUUCAGUUUUAGUAUUUAAACAAAAUUUAUGUGUCGACCAGGUUUACGAUAGUACUUCAUUACCAUCAACUGACGUGAUACAACUAGCCUGCGUAGCAGGCGCUAAGAAGUGGUGGGCACAAAAAAAAACGGGCGCGCGAGAAGGAGACCUCGCGUGUCUCCCUCGCG